UUGCUUCUUUCAGUGCAGUUGCACAGGCACACAGAACAGGAAAUAAGAGGGAGGCAGACGAGCAGAAAUUAUACAUAUAAGCAGCAAGCUGAGCUCUGGCCGCUCAGAUACUUAGGUGCUGCUUCAAGGCUGUGAAGCACGCCUGGAAAACCAAUGACAGGGAAUGCUGGGAGACAGAGAUAAGUUUCAAAAUGUCUUCUGUGCAUCCACGUUAACUGGGAGUUGAUGCCGCUGCACCAGAGCAUGGAGCUUGUGUCAGUGAAGUAUGAGUAUGAGUACACAGCCAAAGAUGGUCGCCAAGUGUCCAUCAAGCCUAAUGAAAGUUACAUCCUGGUCUGCAAGACUAAUGAGCACUGGUGGCACGUCCGCAAAGACCAGAACACCAGGCCCUUUUAUGUUCCUGCACAAUACAUGGAGGUGCUCUCAGCAUCCAGCGGAGACCAUCCUGGUCCUAAUAAGCUGAAUCCAGCUGGGCGUGUGACUGUCAGUAAGCCAGCUGACAUAAAGGAUACGACUGACAUAAAGCUACGGAAAGGGGCAACAGAGAGCCGUCUAUCAUUUCAGGAUGCUUCAAGAGAGACCUACCGCUUCUCUACUUUUGGUUUCUGUGACGGCAUACCAGAUGUGAAGCCAGAUGCACAGACUAAUGCCACCUUUGCACACCCGCUGAAUAAUCUAAAAAAACACAACUCAGCACCUCCAACGGCCAAAGGCCCUGAGCUGUAUGCAAAACCUCAUCCUGCACCAAAGGUCAUAAACGAACAGCAACAGUCAAAAAGCUCACUGCAGGAUGAAACAGCAGAACAGACCUCUGUGCAUGAUGAGGACACGGAUUUUCCUCUACCCCCUCCGCCCACAUAUGACACCAUACCAGAGCUUAUCGUCACAGAGUCUGACACUUUUCCCGAGCCGCCUUCUCCUGUCGCUUCGGCACACAUGGCGCCCACAGAGAGGGUCGAUCAAUCUGCGGAAAAAGCUUCUACACAUGCCCCUCCCACUGAGCAGGUGCAGGAUGAAAGUCUGCGCUCAGCAGUGUACGUCAAUGUAGCACAGCUCCGGAAAAGCAUCUCAGAGUCUCCCCCCUCUGCGCCCUCGUCCUUCUCUCCUUCCUGCCUUGACCCAGAGGGAUGGGAGGUGCAUGUUGACCAGGAAAGUGGACAGGAAUAUUACUACCACCCCGCCACGGGGCGCACCACCUGGGACAGCCCUUUUGUAGACCCCUCCACAGAGCCUGAAUCACUCCCUGCAGAGGAACCUUAUUCCCCCUCACCUCCUCAGUCUCCUACCCUUUCUCUGUCCACCGCCUCCCCACCUGCGUGGACCUCAGACUGGGAGCAGUUAGUGGAUGAGACCAGUGGUCGCCCUUACUUCUACAACCCAAUGUCUGGGGAAACAUCUUGGGAGCUUCCGGAGCAGCCUCAGAGCCCCUACCCUCCUCUGAUGGAGCCUAUGAGCGUGCACAGGUUUCACGAGGAUGAGCCGCCUCCUUUACCUGAGGAGGACUACCCCUCAGAUGAUUACCCAGCUGCAGAUCCGCCAGAGGGCUACGAGGACGCCCCUGCCACGGGACCUCCUCAGCCACUCUCUAAAGAGUACGCUUUCAGCCACGUGACCCGGCCCAUCAUUCCUAGGGCCAACCUGGACCGCAGCACCCCAGCUGGUUGGAACCUCACUGUGGAACAAGAUGGGACGUGGGUGUUUACCAGUGAAAACUCUCCAGAUCAGUGGAUCAAGUCUUUGGAUGAUCAGGGGCAGACCUACUACUACCUGAGAGAUGGCUCCAAGUCCCUGUGGAGCCUUCCUGAGGCCCCUUUAGCUCAUGGCCACACCAGGAUGGAGAAUGGUGUUGAGACAGAUGGCAUCUCUGUCAUCAAAAACUGGAGACACACCAUGGGACCUGUUCCGAACAGCUCUGCCCAGGACGAUGGGAGGUUCGCCCCAACUCACAGGAGGAACACGUCAGACCACAGCUCCAGCGACAGCUCAUCUAACUCUCCUGAGACGCAGCAUAAUGUGCAGAACUUGGAAAAAGCUGGAAUUCUUAACAAAACAAAAGUGUCUGAGAAUGGAAGGAAAGUACGAAAAAACUGGGCCCAGACAUGGACUGUUCUCCACGGAGGGGUGCUGACGUUCCACAAAGACCCAAAAUCUGCAUCAUCAGGGGCCUCGAACAAGACCAAUCACAUUGUCCCGGAGGUUGCGGUGGAUCUACGUGGAGCAACAAUUGGCUGGGCCACAAAGGACAAAUCCAGCAAAAAGAAUGUUUUAGAGUUAAAAGGAAAGAACGGCGUGGAGUUUCUGUUACAGUAUGACACUGAAAGCAUCAUCAGUGACUGGCAUAAAGUCUUAAUGGACACAAUACGGCAGCUUGAGUACCAGGAACAUCAUUCUGAGGAGGAGGAUGGAGACCUUUAUGAAAAGAUCCCCAACAUAGAUGAAAAGGCGGGAGGCGGCAUAGACAAGAGGAAAUCCAGAGCAAGCGUCACAAGUACAGGUGGACCCAGCACUGCUGGUGAGGACCAGAAGAAGGUCCGAACCAAACUGAUGAAGUUCCUCAUGAAGCGUCCCACGCUGCAGACGGUCAAAGAAAAAGGCUACAUCAGAGAAAAUGUCUUUGGUUGUGAUCUUGCAACACUGUGCUCACAUGAGAAGACCACUGUUCCGAGUUUUGUGCAGAAAUGUAUUCAUGCAGUAGAACGGAGAGGUUUGGACAUCGAUGGACUCUACAGAGUCAGUGGGAACCUCGCUGUCAUUCAGAAACUGCGCUUCAAGGCCGAUCAUGAUGAGCUGGACCUCGAGGACGGUCAGUGGGAAGAUGUUCACGUCAUCACCGGAGCACUGAAGUUAUUUUUCCGGGAGCUGCCUGAGCCGCUUUUCCCAUACAGCCACUUUAAUAAGUUCAUCUCAGCCAUCAGAAUUCCUGAUAACCACACAAAACGGAAUCAGAUGCGUGACCUCAUCGAGUCACUUCCGGAUCCAAACCAUGACACAAUGCGGCUCCUUUUUGGGCAUUUACACAGAGUUAUUGAAUAUGGACAGGAUAAUCGUAUGACUGUACAGAAUGUGGCAAUCGUGUUCGGCCCAACGCUGCUUCGGCCGGAGAUGGAGUCUGGGAAUAUCGCCAUGUACAUGGUCUUCCAGAACCAGAUAGUGGAGUUCAUCCUGAAUGAAUAUAAUUAUCUCUUCCAGUAAACGAGCUCGUGGUACAGACCCAGGCCAACGUGUAAAUGUUUUCAAGUUGUUUAAAGAGCUAGAUUUACCUUUGGAUUUGCACAUCAGCAGCUUCAGUGUGUAUCCUGGAAAAUUAAACUCCUUCUGUAAAAUAUGUGAAAGGCUCCUUCAAGUUUAAUCAGACUAGGAGAGGGAUUUUCAAGUGCUCUUUGCUGAGGAUGUUUGAAGCAUGUUUAACCACUGUUUUAUCUGGAUUUUCUCUGUCGUGUGCAGCUUACACUGUUAGGACCUUCUUUGGCAGUAUUGCAGCUACAUGGGUGUAGACAGGCGUGGUUUGGUUUACCGUCCCAAAGCCACUGAAUUGCUCCCCCUCCCCGAGGCUCUGGGAGUCGAAAUCUCACAGGUCACUUUCUGCAGAUUUUAUUGCUUUUUUUUUGUUUGUUUGUUUGGGUUUGUCUAAAUCUCAGUGAUAAUAAAACUAGUAGGUCAAACUUGGAAAAAAGCAUUAAUGCCCUCUUUAGCAGAUGAUCUUUUAUUGCUUUUAUCUUUAUUUUUUAGAAAUUUGAGGUAUAUCACUCAUGGCAAUAUCUGAGAUUUUAUUCUAAUAUUCUUUCUUCUUUUUUCAGCCUCAUUUUCACCCACGAAUUUUAUUGUAAUAUAGAAAUGUAUAAAAAAUAAAUAUUAAUACUUCCUGUUGUGAAGUAGAUGAUGGAGACUUAGAGUACUUGUGCAACCUGUAGAUUAUUUUCCACUGAAAACAUAAUUUUCCAAUUGUUCUGUACUUGAAGAAAAUGUUUAACAGCAUAGAGUUAUAAAGUAGCGACAGUCUGGAGUAAAGUCAGAAGAGAAAAUUUGAUUUUAGAAAAAUGUAUGACAUGUAAAUAGAUCUAGAUGGCAUAUUUAUGCUGAAAGUUGGUGAAAUGCACAAGUUAUCUCAUAAUAAAAUAA